GGGAGCUGGGAUGUCUGCUGUAACAAACCCCACUUCCACCCACUCUCAUUGUAUUUACUCUUGCUAAGUUGCUAUUGCUGAUCAUUUAGCUUUAACCAUAGUGCUUAGAUGUUAGUUUCUGCUGAGAUAUGGAUUAGAUUGUGCUAAAGUGAUACUAGAUCUGUUUUAUUCUGUUACAUUAUUCUAUUUUAGUUAUCACUAGAAAAUCCACAAUGGGAACAAGAGCAGCUGCUUUUGCAGCAAAAAUCCGUAACUUAAAUGAUUACCAUCUGAGAUUGCAGCAUGGAGUUUUGCCUACACCAUCAGGCAUUGACAUAUCAAAUGCAAUCAAGUGGUUUUCUCAAACUUUAUUGACCGUGCUGAAAGAUGUGCCUAACUCCCCGCUUGAGCUGCUGAAGUGUGCAGACAAAGACACUGUCCGCAUGGCGCUGUUUCCCAAUCUAGACUACAAGGGAUUGUACAUUGCCCUGCAGCAGCUUGUUGAUGUGGCUCCCCUCAUCCAGUUUGGAUUACAUGCAUUUGGCCAGUCUCUCCUCCAGUGUUUGGGAUGCAUACUUCCAUUCAUGGAACAUGACAUGAUUGAUACACUUCCAUACUUGACUGCAUCCUCCAUGGCUGCCCUGCCUUCAUCCCUUCAUCAGGAGAUUGUUAAUUCCCUUUGUUUCUAUAUUCUGCCUUUUACAAUCACUCGUAAUGCAGAUGACGAUCAAACAAAUUACGCCAGUCAAUCAGUCUCAGCUGUGGUCAUGAUGGUAUUCCAGUACUCUGAGGAUAUGGCCCAUCAUUGUCAACUGCUGGAGUGUAUGAUGACUCUCAAACUGAACCUGGUUAAGGAUUUGCUGUGUGUGAUUGCCUACGGUACGUCUGGCGCUCGGGCAUCUGCAGCCAAACUGCUGUUCUACUAUUGGCCCACAUUUAACUCUAGCCUGUUUGAGCGCAGAGGUGUCCCUCCUAAACUCUACAACAGAAAGCCUUUUCCAUGCCAACGAGACAUGUGCCCCAACGCAGGAAACUCAGAGGCAGCCAAAGUAUGCUUUGAUCACUGCAUCUCAAUAACAUUUGCUACAGACUCCCCACCCCCUCUAUAUCUAUGUAUAGAGUGUGCCAAUGAGAUCCACAGAGAACACCCCAAUCAGAUGUUUUAUGAUAUUCUACAUCCCAUGCAACAAGUCUCUAUCUCUUGUGAAAACAAAAAUUGUCGAUCAUCUGACAAGAGUGUAGUGUCCAUUUGUUUUACUACAGAAUGUGCCAGUUAUAAUAGCAACCACCCGAUACGAUAUUGCCAGCAGUGUCACAGUUCCCGCCACAACAACAGGCGUGGUGGGGAUCACAUCGUUCACACCUGCCUGCCCAAGGCUUGGGACAUGGAUUCUGAGAUGCUCAGCUACCUGGUCGAGGCAAUUGUCAGUUUACUUAAAGAAGCUCGAACAACAACUGCUGAGAUCCCAAAAGACAUGAAUGACAUCCAGACCAAAGCUGCAUUGCUUAAUGUGCUCAGUCCAAGUAUCAACUUAUCGGUAGAGGAGCGUCAGCUUAUGGGCAGGUUUGGAGUUUGGCUGCUUGUGGGGCUUUGCACUCCAAAGGAGAACACUUCCAGUGAAAUACUUGGUCGGCUUUUGUCCAUGCUGUUCCAUUGGUUUCAUGUCACUGCUUAUUCUUUUGAUGAUCAGGCAGAGUGUACCUUGGAACAACUCAAGACAGAUUAUGUGUGUGGUUGGCUGACAGAGGUAUGUCAAACUCAUUUUGAUAUCUUUGUCUCCUGUCUCCUGCCUCAUCCGCCUGACUAUGCUCGAGUCGGGGGACACUGGGAUAUGCUGGUGUCUCGAACAUCUCACUUAAAAAAUGGGCUGAAUCGUCUGUUUUCUCUUGUACCGUAUGAAGUAAUUACCACAGAGAUUUGGGACUAUGUAAUGCCUCAUUGGCUUGAAGCCAUAGUAAAAGAUGUUCCUGAAAAAGAACUUCCAGAACUCAAACUUCUCUUGAGCAAAAUGUUAGAUCCUGAAAUGAGCCCUCUUGGAUUUGAAGUUAAGAAACUAUUCCAUUUUAUUUCUGUACGCUUCAAACAAACAACACCAAAGGUUAUGGAGCAGGCUCUCAACUGGCUGCAGGUUCUUACAAUUUUGGAUAUAGUAAUCCAUCGACAUUUGCUAUUCACAUUUUUUGAAGAUGGUAUCAACAGUAUGAAAGAAGGCGACAUAAAGGAAAGGGACAAAGAGAUUCCAAGGAAAAGCUGCAUCUCUCCAGUCAUAGAAGAUGAAUCAGGACAUACUUCAGGAAUAUCAGAUGAUGAAGGACAAACUUCCAGAAAAAGCAAACGUCAACAUAGUGAUGGGGAACUAAAACUCUCUUGCUGUGUUCUUAUGUUAGACAUUGUCCUUAAGCAGAUGGAAAAGCAGGGAGUAGAGCGACAUACAGGGAUACACACAGUGGUGGCCCAGGACGCUUGCAGGCUGCUGCAAUGGAUGAUGCAGGCAUCAUGGUUGGCAACACAUGUCUGCCAGGGUUCAGCCAAGACCGAGUGUGUUCACUGUGAGUUAACCAUCGUCUGGCACCAAUUGGCUUUGGAGCUGGUCCUCUAUAUAGCUCAGGAGAAUCCUGCCCAUCCUCCUGAUCCACCACUUCAAGAAAUACCUGAUGAACAUAAGAGUCCUGGAGAGGAUAAGAAAGCUGAGCCCAAGCCAGAUGUGGUGAUCAACAUGCCGCUACUCGAGAUACACACAGUGGGUGGUGUGCUCGUCAACAUGCCUCAUGUAAUUACGCUAUACUCCACAGAAGCUGAAGAGACAGAGUCUGAACUUGCGGCAAUCCCUGAAAGCAAGUCUGACAGCACAGCUCAUGGCAGCUCACAGGGUUCAUUUGAGGAUGAUCGAGCUGAGGAUGUGGAUGGGAAGAAAAAAAUCAGUGACGGUGCGAGUAAAGGAACUAGACCUGUUUGGUUCUUGGGUAGUGAUGAUCACUCCAUACAGCAGAAAAGUAAUGGUGGAGGUCAGAAGUGGGGAGUAAGAGAGGGGAUGAAGAUGCUAGUAACCUCAUCACUGUUCACUGUCAGCCCUCGACCGAUACUGCCACCCUCACCAGUCGAGACAUCCAGCAAAACAACAUCCAUCAGCACUGCUACUGUUGUUACAGUAAAGGAGGGGCCCUCACCUCCACCACCUGUUCAAACUCAACAUCCACCUCCAUUAUUCCUCAAACCGUCACUGGAGAAGGAAGUAGAGAGCUGGCCAGACAACUCGCAGCAUGGCUCUCCGGUACCGAGGCCUGUCGGACGAGGCAAGCGGCUCACCGAGGGUGGCAACACUCCCACAUCUACUUCAUCUUCUACCCCUACUCCCACCCCUACCACACACCCUCCCUGGCAGAUUGAUGGACCGGGCACACACUUUAAGUCUCAGUCCUGUCAGGAGCGUCUCUUGCCAGUCGGAAGUUCUGGGAAGCCUGUAAGCAAGGUAGUGUCUCGUCGCCAAGAAGAAGCCACAAUGUACGGAUCACCAGAUUCCCCCCUCUCCAAGAUGGAUGUCAUAUCAGUUGAAUCUCCUCAAGAUCCCAGUCAGACUGACAAUAGUUCGUCAAUCCAGAGUGUGUCUCACCUAGAGAUGCCACCACAGGAACGGCUGCUUCACAUUGGCUCUUCUGUACCAAGUCUGGUACAACAUGUUCGUCAAGCUUUGGGCAUAAAUUCCUGUGAAUUAGAACGUAAAGCCUCAACUGAUCAAGGACCUACAAGAUCUCCAAGUGACAUUGAUUCUUUGUCAUACACGAAACAGGACAGUUUUGAAAGAAGUGAGCCAUUACAGACAAGCCGCAGUAUCAGCCCACGAAGACUGUGCAAGCAGGUGGCUCUGGAGUCCCCUCCACCUCUGGGUCAGGCUGAUCAUGACACUGGUUUUUUCAAGAAAUCCUCUUCGGUUUCAGGAAAACUAGAUGAUAAAGAAAAGCUACAAAGACCAAAAAUAAGAAAACAGGGGCCAUUCUCAAUUGGAGCUUAUUCUUUGUCAGAUAUGACUCGUCGACCAAACUCAUGGUGUGCAGCUCAGCAACAGUCCCUUCUCAACCCGGCCACACAGCAAGCCUGCCAUGCAGCGUUUGACUUGAAACAGAGCUCCUUUCGAGUGGGCGAUGAAUGCGUUUAUGAAAGAUGCGGAGAGUGUGGAACAGUAAGAGAGGAAUAUAAUGAUGAGGAGUUAGGGCUGUGUAUUGUGAUUCUGGGCACCUUCAUCCAUAGAGAACCGGCUCUAGCUGCUCCUCUUAUGCCAGAGAUACUCACAAUUGUUGCUAAGUUGGCAUUGAGUGCUACGUACCCCUGGCAGUGUGAGAGUAACAUGUAUCUCCCUGGAGGGGCAAUUAGCGUUGCUCAUCAAUUCAUCCGCUGUGUCCUCCAUCAGCUGGCUCCCAAUGGGGUCUUUGUGCAGAUGUUUCAAACACACGUCUCUGAUUCAUCGCGAAUGCAAUUCUUCCGAAGUGUUGCUCAGGCUCUUUUGGAUUUCAAUGAGUUGAAUCCAAUUGCUCCUCUCCAGCUGCUUUUAGAGAACUUAAACUCGAAGAAGUCCCUAUCAAACGAGCAGUUGCCAGUGAUCCUGCACAACAUGGCUUGUUACCUGGACUGUCUGCCACUGGAAGCAGGGCUAGGUCCAGGGUCUAGCACUUGGGUUGCACUUCUCACACAGCUGGAGCUACUGUUCCGUCGUCUGGUGCUGGUACUAUCCACUCUGCCUGAUGUCAUCCCUCUGUUGCGCAUCAUGGUUUCUAUCCUCCGUGUCCCUGGCAUCCAGUCCACCAAGCUGGAGCUACUGUUCCGUUGUCUGGUGCUGGUACUAUCCACUCUGCCUGAUGUCAUCCCUCUGUUGCGCAUCAUGGUUUCUGUCCUCCGUGUCCCUGGCAUCCAGUCCACCAAGUCAGUGAUCCUGCAUAACAUGGCUUGUUACCUGGACUGUCUGCCACUGGAAGCAGGGCUAGGCCCAGGGUCUAGCACAUGGGUUGUACUUCUCACACAACUGGAGCUACUGUUCCGUUGUCUGGUGCUGGUACUAUCCACUCUGCCUGAUGUCAUCCCUCUGUUGCGUAUCAUGGUUUCUGUCCUCCGUGUCCCUGGCAUCCAGUCCACCAAGUCAGUGAUCCUGCACAACAUGGCUUGUUACCUGGACUGUCUGCCACUGGAAGCAGGGCUGGGACCAGGGUCUAGCACUUGGGUUGCACUUCUCACACAGCUGGAGCUACUGUUCCGUCGUCUGGUGCUGGUACUAUCCACUCUGCCUGAUGUCAUCCCUCUGUUGCACAUCAUGGUUUCUGUCCUCCGUGUCCCUGGCAUCCAGUCCACCAAGUCAGUGAUCCUGCAUAACAUGGCUUGUUACCUGGACUGUCUGCCACUGGAAGCAGGGCUGGGACCAGGGUCUAGCACUUGGGUUGCACUUCUCACACAGCUGGAGCUACUGUUCCGUCGUCUGGUGCUGGUACUAUCCACUCUGCCUGAUGUCAUCCCUCUGUUGCGCAUCAUGGUUUCUGUCCUCCGUGUCCCUGGCAUCCAGUCCACCAAGGGCAUCCUGGAUCCCUUUUCAAAAAUAUUGGGCUAUGGCAUCCAGAACUGCUCAUUAAAAUACCACUAUCUUAUUGACCUGUGUUACCUGUGCAAUCGAUCUUUUACUCGGGAGAGAGAGAAGCAAGUACUGACUCGUGUGGUUGUUUUUGAACUUGUUCAGGCAAUAAAAUUCAAGACAGCCAUUCCUGAUACUAACUUCCUGAUGCUUAUUAACUUUAUUCUUCAGGACUCAGGAGGGAUGCUGCCUCCUACUGUAGCUAUGGAUGGUAACCUGCCACCUCCAUACCCUGAUGGACCAGUGUUCAACACUGGAGCAGCUGAGUGUAUGAGGCAACAUCUCAGCGAUGCCCUAGAUUUUCUCUCUGACUUCCAUACUUUGGGCAAAAUCAAGAGCUAUUGUAAGGGAAUGACUGUGGGGCUGAACGAGGACACACUCGGGGGAACACUGAAAAGUGGAAUAGCUCAAUAUGUGGCUCUCGAGAUGAUGAGAGGAAACAGCCGAGACAACCGAGCUGCGGCCAGGUGUCUGCCCUGGCUGUACAAUACAGCUUCGUCCCUCCAGCAGGGGCCUCGAGAGUUCCUAGACUGUGUGGGCCACAUCCGAUUGCUGUCAUGGUUGCUGUUAGGAUCCCUGUCCCACACCGCUCUACACGCCAGUACCUGCACCCCUGUACCCCAGGAGGCCUCUUGCCACAUUGCAGACCACAUCCAGAUUAUCAUGGCUGGCUUUGCAGAGCAGCCAAAGGCCUCUGUGCUUCACAUGUCCUCCCUCUUCCACGCUUUUGUUCUCUGCCAGCUGUGGACUGUUUACCUGGAGCAGAGUGCUGCCUGUAACAUACCUGCCAGUGAGGCUCAUUCCACCACCAUGGGCAUCUUGUUUGACUUCUGGGGAAAAGUAACUCCUUGUGUGCUUCAGCUGGUCUCACAUUCUAAAGUGCUAGCAGAAAUGGUGAACCUUCACUUCCUGAGUCUGUUGGAAGCUCUGUUAGAGUGCAAUUCAGCUGUUUUGAGCAAAUUGAUGCCAAUUUGGAGUCCUGUACUGUUCGCGCAUUACAUUCAGUUGCCAGGACACCUGCAGGUGAGACUGCAGGGUUGUCGUAAUCUGCCUCCCACCACUCAUAUCACCCCACCUACUCAGACCAACUCAUCAGAUCGCAUCCCCAACCCCCAGCUGCUGCGUUGGCUGCAGAGGCUACAGUUCAAGAUGGGCCAGAUAGAGCUGCAAUCCUCUGCAGCUACCCACUUUUACUCUAUUUAAGAUAAUUUAAAGUAAAAAUUACUGUAAGUAGUAUAAUGUUUUCUGGAUUGCAUUUGGGUGAAGACAUGAAAUGUUCAGGUUUAAUUAAUUUCGACAUCUUGUAAUGGGUAUCUCCAGAUAAAUAGUUAAACUUUGAGUCUGAGGUAGUGAUAAUUCAGUUUAAAUCCUGUCUGUGAUCAAAACACUUGUUACUAGUAGUACCUAUCUCACAUUUCCUCUUAUUCUGUGAAGUCAAUUAUUGAGUGAGCCUGUGGUCCUGUAAUGGGUAGUAUAAUGAUGGAAAGUAUACUAAACAGUCCAUUUUUCCUUACAACUGUAAAGACAUUACGUUUUUAAUGAUGCUGAAGAACGGCUGUAUUGGUGGCAAUAUUGGUUCUUAGCCCUAUAUGAACAAUAUUAAACUUCAAAGACUUUUGCUACCCUAUCUUUAGUCAUACAUUUAUGAGAGAGGCCUCAUUUGAACCCUCCCCAUGCCGUAGACAGACAUAUUCCAAUGAUAGACAGACUAAAACGCAAUACACAAUUAUAUCCUAAAUUAUACAUUGUGUCUCUUGGAGAGUCUUUUGGUUCACAUAAAACCUUUGGAAUAGCUGGUGCACACUCCAUAUUUAUUGUGGUUGACUAGGAAGUAUUUUUAGACAACCUACAUUCCGUGGCCAAGGGAGAUGGCGCCCUUUGCCUAGCUCCUUCCUCCUGCUUGUCUGUUUUGCGUGUCCAAUAGAGCCAUAACCAAAUAUGUCUGUUGUUUGCCUAGAUGAUACGAUAAGAUGAUAAACCUUAUCUACAAAACCUUAGAUAUGAAAAUCCUCUAAUAAUUAGUAGUUUAUAUAAUUUUUCAUUUAUUAUAUUGUACUAUGAACUUUAAUAUAGAUCAAAUUAACAGUAUGGUAAAUAGUUAUGUUUCAAUUUUUUUUAAUGAAUAUGCUUAUUUUAAGUCAA